UUCAGUGAAGGGAGAAAAAGGUUCUCUCUGCAGUGUCUUGUGGGGUGUUGCGUAUGCUUUAAGUUUGCAUUCACAGAAUGAAGCAGAUCAGUUUCAUUCCAGACCAGAAUGAGGAUAUGUCUGAGGGCAGCCUGUCUGUGGAAUCCCUGUUUCUUGCUGACCAAUCCAACAGCCCAGCAGAGGAAAAGAUGAGAGCAGAUAGCUCUGACACAGACCUAGAGAUUGAAGAUACCGAGAGGUCCUUUGCAACCAUGAAGGGUGCAGAGCUAUAUCUAGAAGCUUGCAAACUGGUGGGGGUGGUGCCUGUCUCUUACUUCCUUCGGAACAUGGAGGAGCCUUACAUGAACCUGAACCAUCAUGGUCUAGGACCCCAAGGUGCCAAAGCCAUUGCCAUCGCACUGGUGUCCAACACAACCAUCACUCAUCUGGAGCUGGAAGAUAACUGGAUCCUGGCUGAAGGAGUCAUGUGUCUGGUACAGAUGCUGCGAGAGAACUGCUACAUUCAAGAGCUGAACAUCUCCAAUAAUCACAUUGGCACAGAAGGAGCGGAAGCCAUCUCCAGGAUGUUCCUGGAUAAUAUUUCUAGUCUCCGGGCUGUUCAGCUCUCAGGAAACAACUUUAGGGAGGAAACUGCACAGUACUUUGCCGAGGCACUAGUGGGCAAUUACCGAGUGAAGGAGCUGGACCUCAGCCACAAUGAGUUCUCUGAGAAGGGAGGAGAGCAUCUGGGACAGAUGUUGGCCAACAAUGAAGCACUGGAGUUUCUGAACCUGAGCUGGAACCACUUGCGGAUGAAGGGGGCUGUGGCACUGGGUGCUGGUCUCAGAGUCAAUGGAACGCUGAAGAUACUUGACCUCUCAUGGAAUGGCUUUGGGAAUGAAGGGGCUCUGGCCCUUGGAGAAGCUCUCAAACUUAACAACAUUCUGGUCCAACUGGACAUCAGCAGCAACCAUAUCAACAAUGAAGGGGCUGGGAAGCUGGCCAAGGGGCUAGAGGUCAAUGGAAAUCUCAAAAUCCUGAAGCUGUCUCAUAAUCCCCUAACUGUAGAGGGUGCCAUUGCGCUUGUCACAUCCAUCAGGAAGAAUCCAAAAUCCAAGAUGGAAGAGAUCAACAUCUCAAAUGUGCUUGUGAAUGGAAGCUUCCUCAAGCUGCUGGACGUGGUGUGUCAGGUGCACCCUGAAUUAGAUGUCAUCUAUGGUGGGGUUCGAGGCUUCAUCUCCAAGAAGCCUGAACAGCGUCCAGACCCCAUGAUGCUGAUUCAGAAAUACUUGGAUGAGCGCAAGUUGAGACUCUGGGAUUUCUUUAGAAACAUGGACAAAAACGGAAGUAUGAAGAUCCCUGUGGCAGAAUUCCGGAAAGCCAUGAUGCAGCAAUCAAGAAUUCCACUAGAUCGAGCCCAGAUUGGAGAACUGGUGCACAAAUUGGACCGGCACCGGACAGGAAUGGUGGAUUACAGGAGCCUGGUGGACACACAGAAGCAGAUGGUACAAGACCAGCGGUGGCAGCUAAAGAGGGAAGAGUCACGGCAGAAGAAGGAGAAGCACAAGAGUGAGAGAGUGCUGCAGACUUUCAAGAGUGCCGUGGAAAUGGUCACAUCACGCAGUUCCCUGGUGAUGUGUUCUGGCCAGAAGCCACUGGCACUGCCCAAGUCUGACCCUGCCCACUUCUCAACCACUUCUCUCAGCUCAUGGUGCCAACCAGCCAUCACCGGGGAAUCCACAAGCAGCCAGAACUCUGCUGAGCCAGCAUUCAAUGAGCAAAAGGGCCCUUCCAACCAUCAGCUGUCCCAGAGUGAACCACAUUCAGCCUCAUGGGGCAUGUCAACCUCUGAUCUGGAAGUGAAAUUUUACUCCCAGCCCAACGUCAGCAUCUCAGAAGCCCAAACCCACUCCCAGUACAGCAUAGCAACCUCCGACCUGGAAACAUACUCCAAGGCCCAGUCUAGUGACAAUGCCAUUUCUUACAGGGUGAUGCCAUGGGAGACCAGAAGUUCUGCUCACGAGUCCCACUACUUGGCCAGGAACUGCCAUGCUGCCUCAUCACCACAGAAGCAUGGGCACAGUGCUAAGUCAUCCAAAUGA